AUGGGAUUAACCCAGAUGUUACAACAGAUUCAAAAUCAAAUUAUCUAUGAAUCAUUUCACUUAAAAACCGCCUCUGAAAGGCCUCCCAUCAUAACAGAGGAUGAUUUUGAGGAUUUCUUAGCAACAGACGAUUUGCUUGUAGAAUACUUUAAUGAAUUCCUAAGUCUUCCUACAUUCCCUGAAGUCAUCAAGUUUAAUAAAAUUUUUGGAAUUUUUGAAGUCAUUAACAAUGUGCCAGAAAGUUUGACAAAACAUAUAAAAAAACUCUUACGUGAGAACGAGCCUCCAAAUCCUGUUUACAAUGCAACAAGAAUUGUGACUGGUCUGAAGCCAAAGACAUCUUCUUCUACCGACCUGAAUAUUAAUAACAGUUAUAAUACUAUGUGCUUGAAUCGAGAACAAGGAGUUCAGUGGAUUAAGAAAGAAAGACUUCCAGCAUUUUUAAUAAGCGAUUGCUAUUUUGAAUACAGACUUGCAAAGCUGAUGUCACAGGUGAAAUUGAGCAAUACCUGUAUGCCUUUAAUUACCGACCCAAAUUACCAUCCGUGGACACUCAAAAGAGAAAUGGCCCUUUCACCUCCCCCAGAGACUGAAAACAAGGAAAUUAUGCAUAAGUUCUUUGUUACACUUGGCGAGGCUACAUUUUCUCAGACAAAGGAAUGGUUUUCAAUAGCAAAACAUAGUGAGCAAACAACUUCCACAGCCUCAUUAUCUCAACCCACUGCCUGGGGAUCUUCAGAUGACAUUGCCUUAUUGCACAGUACAGGGAGUCAAGGAUCUGAGCCUUUGGAGAAGGUUGGUGAGAGUAAACGUGAAGAAGAUGAAUACUCUGUUUCCAUUGCAAUGUCUCCAUCCCCGACUCCUAUCAGACUUUAUAUUGAACGCAAGUUGAACAGUAGGGAAGAGAUUUCCAAGGACGUUAAACAAAAAAUGGAUCCAUCAGAAGGAGAACAAAGCCAAAAAGGGACAUGUUUCCACACACUGGAAGAGUUUGCUCAAUUCUUUGUUGGUCAGAUAUUGAAAUCAGCAGUCUUUAAGUUGUCUGUUGAAGCAACUGAAGAUGUUCACUAUGAAGAUGAUAUUUAUAACUUAUCUGAUGUGUCUGUGCUGUGCGUAGAUAGCCCUAAAGCUUUGUCCAUUCAUUCAGAUUACUCUGAAACAUCCAUUGAAGAAGAGAUUAUUAAUGUAGAGUCUGACAGCGAUGGGCAGGAUAGUCUUGACUCCUGGUGUACACAAAGGGCAGAAUGUCAUAUAAAUAGUAGGAAAGAGUUUGAAAGGUUUAAGUUAUUUCUUAAAGGAACACCAGGGGAGAAACUAUGGUUACUCUGGCUUGACAUUGAAAGGCUGAAAGCCAUAAAUGACACAAAGAAGCAGCAAAGUCAUCUCAAUAAAAUGAAGAAGCUUUAUCUGGUGACAAGUGAAGAUAAUUUCAUCAAGGCUGAAGUUUUACAGAGAUUAAGACUUUUAGAUACAAAUCAGUGGAACGUAAAUCAUUUACAGCAUGUUCAGACUGAAAUUGUGAAAUCCUUGCUCCUGUACUGGGGACCCAGAUUUUGUCUAUCUGACUCGUCUCAGAUUGGAGCGGAUAUAAAGUUGUGGUCUAGACGUCAGCUACGGCCUAAACGAGAUGCUGAUCCCUUUGCACAGAUGGCGACUUUACUACCUCUGAGACCAAAGUCUUGUAUGCCAAGGAUUUCUACGUCAGCUCCUCCAGUAAGUGGCCUGACAAGAAAUACAGCUGUGAGUAGCUGUAAAUCAUCUCAAAAUCCAGAUCUGGCAAACAGCAUAGAAACAAAACAAGAUCAAUCAUAUACCAAAGACAUUUUUACAAGUGAAGACAGACUUAGUGUCCUGAAAGGCUCCAGCCUAGAGGCAAUGCUACAGGCUCUGCACCAUGAUUCCCGAGCUGGUCAUUUUUUUGUCCACUUCUGUGAGCAGUCAGGAAAUAAGUUGUGGGAGAACAGUGUCUGCUUUUGGUUUGAUCUGCAGUUUUAUCACCACUUGUUUUACCAAGAGACCCUACAACCCUAUAAACUGUGCCAGCAAUCCCAAUUCCUUUUUGGCACUUACCUUGCUCCGUCUGCUACCAAGGAUAUCGGUGUUGAACAAAUCAUAAAAAAAGAGAUUUACCAGAAACUUGAUCCACCAUUUGAGGAUUUAUUUGACGCAGCUGAAGAAUACAUCCUCACACUUCUCCUUUCUGCAUGGAUGGAAAUGAACAAAACUGACAGGCAGGCCUAUGAGAAGGUGGAGCUGGUUGAAGAAUCUCGACAGCUGGAGUCAGUGUGUUAUCAAAAGCUGCAGGCUCUGUGUCAAGAGAAGGCAUCCAAAAGAGACGAAAUUCCUGUCCGCAAAUCUGUCUUUGUACCACCUCCUGAUAUUGCCAGAGAGCCUAACCUAUGGGAGCAGGUACCAGAUGAAUACAAGAAUUUUAACCUUGGUACAUUAAUUCGACACAGGAUGGAACUGGAGCAUUUCCGUAAAUUCCUCGAAGAUAAUUUUGCAAGCAUGGAUCUCAUGUGCUGGAUAGACCUUGAGCAAUUCAGACGAAUGCCACACAAGGAAAAGGAGAAGCGACAAGAAAAAGCCAAGGAUAUUAAGAAUAAAUACUUAAAUAAAAAGUAUUUCUUUGGGCCAAACAGUCCUGCCACAAGAGAUCAACAGGAGCAGGUCAUGCAAUUGGCUGGUGGCUGGGGGAGAAUACUACAUGAUCGUCUUUCCUCCAACGUUCUCAUAGAAAUUCAGAAAUAUGUCCGAAUGAGGAUAGAGAAGAAGUGGCUUCCAUUGUUCCUAGCAACUGAAGAAUUUAGAGAACGUUGGAAAGCUCAGGCACAAAUGAAGGAUGUUGCAGAAGAUAUAAUAUUUCAAACAAACAAGAAAAAAAUUGGAGUUUGGAAGCACUUGGACAGUAAGUGGAUUUCUUCCUCCAAAGAGAUAAUUGCAUUCCGCAAAGCGUUAUUAAACCCAGUUACUGCCAGCCAGUUUCAAAAGUUUUUAUCCCUCAAAGGAGACUUUUUGGAAAAUGGAUUGCUUUUCUGGCAAGAGGUUCAAAAAUAUAAGGACCUCUGUCAUUCUCACUGUGAUGAUUUCACCAUCCAGAACAAGAUCACAGCUAUUAUCAACUGCUUUAUCAACUCGUCUAUUCCUCCAGCAUUGCAGAUAGACAUCCCACCAGAGCAGGCGGAGAAGAUCUUGGAAAAACGAAGGGAUUUAGGACCCUAUGUAUUCCGUGAGGCACAAAUGACCAUUUUCAGCAUCAUGUUCAAAUUCUGGCCUGCUUUUACUGAGUUCCGCAGCAACUUAGCAGAUGAGAAGAUUAUGCCUCUUCUGGAGAGGAAAAAGGCAAAGAAGUUAGAGCAGCUAAAAAGAAAAAUGAGAGACGAGGAAAAGCUUGCCAAGCAACGACUAGAAGAUGGUAAAAGAAAGGAGAGUUUAUUCAACCUCUAUGGAGACAUUGAAAAUGAAAGCACUUAUAGCGGAGAAAUAUUUCCUGGUGAGGGAAUGUAUCCAGAUAAUCGCAGCGAGGAAAUGUAUUCAGCCCGUGAUGGAUAUGGACGUAGAAGAAAUAUAUCUUGGACCUACUCAAAGUAUGUUGAAGCUUUGGAGCAAGAAAGGAUGCUCCUGAAAAUUCAAGAAGACUUAGAGAAGAAGUCCAGGUCAUCUUUGACAUCAGAUACUUCUUCCCUCUACACCAUAAAAACAGAAAACUCUAAAACAACUGGCAAAACGUAUAACUCUUCAAACCAGUUGGCAAAUAUAGAGAGAAUAUCCUCAGCUAUAAAACAAAGACAGAUGAAUAGAUGAGACGGAAUUAUCAAAAUCUAAUGAAGUAUCCAGAAGCAUAAUUAUAAUCCAAAAAAUGUGUUUCAUUUUUGCACUUUAUUGAUAUUAGGCACAGCAUACUAUUUGUAAAAAAAUAAAUACAUGUAUAGACCAGUGCAAGAUCUCUAACCAACAAUCAUACAGAAAUAUGUAGAUAAUUUUUGUAUUUAUGUGAUGUUCUUAGAAUAUGUUUUCAGAAAAUAGAAAUAAACCUACACAACUUGCACAAUAUUCCAAUUAGAAAAUUACCUGGCAAAU